UACCUUUCUAUUUUUUUUCCAUGGAAGUUCGCCGCCAAUGACGAACAUGGUCAGUUCAUCGGUUGGUCAACAACCUACCCUCCAUUCUCCAAGCUUUUAAACAACACCAAUCAGAAUUCAGAACAGUCAAAAAAAUCAUAGACACAAUAACAAAACCUAAAAUUUUAAAAAAUUCGUGUUGCAGUUUAAUUUCAUUUUGGAAGCUCCAAACAAAGUGAUGGAUCAAGUUCAUAAUCAUCAUCAUCCAACCAAAUUGGAGUACUUUGAUGACAUGUGGAAACUACAUUCUGAUGCUACCUUUCUCUACCGUUUCCAGACACAAGACGGUGGGCAAGCUUUGAUAUUGGAUUCCACUAUAUUUCACCCUCAAGGAGGGGGGCAACCCUCAGAUGCUGGGUUCAUCAUCAUUCCUGAUUCCCCCAUCAAAUUUAUUGUGGAAGACGUUAGAUCCAAGAAUGGAAUUGUUUAUCAUUAUGGGCAUGCUGAGAAUUCCGAAGGGGUUGUAUUGGAGUGGAUGAUUGAGAUAGGGACAAAAGUUCAGUUGCUUGUAGAUGAAUCUCGUCGUCAAUUCAAUUCUAGGUUGCAUUCAGCAGGACAUUUGUUGGAUAUAUGUAUACGUAAUGUUGGUUUGGGACACCUUGAUUCUGAAAAAGGAAAAGGCUAUCACUUUCCUGAUGGGCCAUUUGUUGAAUAUAAAGGGACCAUCCCACAAACUGACUUACAAAAUAAGCUUGAAGAAUUAGAAAGAGAAGCUAAUGCCUUGAUUUCAAGAGGUGGAAAGGUUUAUGCUUCGGAGUUGCCAUAUGAAGCAGCUGCCGAGAUCUGUGGUGGUCGGUUACCUGAUUACAUUCCUAAGGAUAGCAAUCCUCGUAUUGUGAAACUAGGAGAGAAUUUUGGAUGCCCUUGUGGUGGUACUCAUGUUCGUGAUAUUUCAGAUAUAAGAAGUAUAAAGGUAUCAAAAAUUCGAACAAAGAAGGGAAUGACAAAGGUUUCCUAUAGCAUCAGUCCUUGAUUGGGGGGAAGUCGAGAUCAGUGUCGUUCCCGAUAUUUUAUGGGCCUUAGACGAAAUUUUUGACAUAGAGAUUAAAGAGAUAUGUGUAAUAGGCUAAAACCGAAUUAUAUUAUCAAAUUGCAAAUGUAUAACUGUUAUGAUCUUAUUUGUGUGGAUGAUUUUAAUCUCAAUUGUUCAUUCCUCCAUCAAAGAUAUUGAUGUUGAACAAUGGAUGCUUUUUUCAAGCUCAGUUAUCAACAAUAUGUAUGUCUUUUAUUUUAACGAGGUUAAAAAUUAAUAAUUUUUCA